UAAUUUAGGAUCCGUGUUCUUAUUUAGUUACCACUGUAAACAACAUGGCUGACGAAUCGAAAGAAAAUGCUGAUUCCCUUAUUGCUGAUAUUCACAAGAGAAUAACCGAGGCAUUUGAAAUAUUUGAUAAUGAAAACAAUAAAACAGUUGAUGUCAGGGAAGUUGGUACAAUUAUUCGUUCAUUGGGAUGUUGCCCCACAGAAGCUGAGCUCACAGAUAUGUUGGUAGAGAUAGAAGAGGAGGAUGAAGCAGGAUACAUCAGAUUUGAAAAAUUUCUAGGAUUGAUGACAAAAGUUUUGAUGGAAAGGAGAUAUAAGCCAUCACCAGAAGAUGUUCUGCUGAAAGCCUUUUUAGUUUUAGAUCAAGAUGGAAAGGGAUAUCUAACACAGGAUGAACUAGCUAAAUACAUGACAGAAGAUGGUGAACCAUUCCAACAAGAGGAACUAGAAGAAAUGCUCUCAGCUGCUGUUGAUCCAGAGAAAGGGACAAUUUUAUAUAAAGAGUAUGUGUCCAGGAUGGCAGUCGAGGAAGUGUAAUGUGCAAGACAAGCAGCAAAGUGAAAAAAAAGGGGGGGGGGGGGGGGGGGUUAAAAACACAUUUUAAAGAACCAGCAGCAGAUAGAAUCUGUGAUACUAUUUGAUUAAUGUUUUAUUUCAAAUUCUCUAUUAGAUUUCUUGAGAUAUCCAAACAGAAAACUGUGAUAUUUACAAAUUAGCUGUAAAUAAACUUCAGAGAAGAAAUAAAUGUACAUGCGACAUGUAAAUUA